AAAAUAAAAUCAAAGUUUUAUUGAAAUGAGUAUUGAAGUGCAUCACUUAACAAAUAAUCCAACGGCUGCAUGGCAAGAAUUAUCAAAAACUCAAAAAGUGUAUAAGCUAAAUGUGAAAAAUCCAAAGGUACCCGUUACCGAUGAUAAAUUACGUGUGGUGUGUAUGAGUGAUACACAUUCGUUAACAUCUCAUAUUAAAUUUGAUAUACCAAAUGGUGAUGUAUUUAUACAUGCUGGUGAUUUUACACGCUGUGGCGGAGUCGAUGAAGUUCAAGAAUUUAAUCAGUGGAUAGGUACUCUUCCUCAUCAGUAUAAAAUCGUAAUUGCUGGUAAUCAUGAAUUGAGCUUUGAUUGGAACUUUACACAUCCAUUUAAAGCAAGUACAGAGCGAACAAAGCAUACCGGUGCAACUUUAAUUGAUCAAAUUCCAACACUAGGAUUAUCUAAAGAUUCUUUGACCGAAGCGGUUAAAGUUUCGAAUAUAAGAGAUUAUUUAACUAAUUGUACAUAUUUACAAGAUUCAUCCAUAGAGAUAAAUGGAAUUAAGAUUUAUGGAACACCUUGGCAACCGGAAUUUUGUAAUUGGGCAUUUAACAUACCGCGAGGUGUAGAUUGUCUGAAUAAAUGGAAUAGCAUUCCAAAUGACGUUGAUAUUCUAGUAACUCAUACACCUCCUGUUGGACAUGGCGAUUUAUGCUGUUCUGGUAUUCGUGCUGGAUGCGUUGAACUUUUAUCUACUGUUCAACAACGGGUAGUGCCAAAGUAUCAUGUAUUUGGACAUAUCCAUGAAGGAUAUGGUGUAACAUCAGAUGGGAAAAUUAUUUAUUUAAAUGCAUCCACCUGUGAUUUAAAUUACUUACCGAAUAAUCCACCGUUAGUAUUUGAUAUUUCUUUACCGAAAGGUGUACAAAAAAAUUGAAUCUUAUCAAAUUCAAAAGUUGAGUUAGUAUACCUUUUAAUAUCAUUUUGGAGUUUCCAAAAAAAAUAUAUUAGUGUAUACGAAGUUUUUGGAAAUCUUUUUUUUAACAAUUAAAGAGUUUUUAUAGUUGGUUAACACAAAAGAAAUAAAGGUUACUCACAAAGCGAUACAAAAAAAAUUUUCAAUAAAUAGGUUCUUACUAUCGAAGACAUGGAGAUCGAUAAAAAAAAUUAUAGUUCUUCAAAGAAGAUUUGGUUUUAUCAAUCCAAAAAAGUUAGUCCUCAUCA